GAAAGAAACAGUCAAUGAACACAGUACUUAGGCAUGUAAAUUAACUUUGCCAGCAGGAGCAAAUUGCCAGAUUAUGUGGUAGGCCAUAGUAUUUUGCUCACCUGUGAGUGAGGAUUCCCGCUUGUGUGCUGCAAUCUCAUCUUUUGCCUUGGACUGCAGCACAUACCACCUUUUCUCACAAUCGUCGCCUGUCCGCACCACCAGUGGAAAAGAGGCAUUGAUUGUUUGGGAUAUUGUGUCCCAGGCGCGCCUCUUGCCUUGGCUAGUGACAGUUGGGCCAAAUUUUCCUCGUAACAUACCUUUAUGUUCGUUCACCAACUGGGCCAGCAACAAACCUUGCUCCUCAGUCCAGUUCGGCUUGCGAUUCCUUUUUUCUCCAUUUUCUGUGUUUGUAGGAUAUUUGUUAACAAGCCUUCAUAAAUAGACCAGCCAGCAAUCACAGACAUUGUUAAAAGCUGAGCUGUGUUACCCUCGUUAAGUUCACACUGAGUUGUAACGUUGCAAUUUCUACUUCAUUAAGGACAGCCCCUUGAGAUAGGCCAUCUUGUUUUCAAUGGGGUCCAUAUGGAAGUGAAAGUACAAAAUAUGCCAGCUAGGAUAUUAAUAUGAGCAAAUGAGACACAAAUCAUUAUUUGAACAGGGUGUAAUGAGCUUAAGUUUUCACAUAUUUUAGAUUCUAAUGUUAGGCUAUAACCCCUACAGCUUACUAUUCAUUUUCCAGAUAUUUUCUUGAAUGUGAAAUAUUAUUUACAAUUAUAGUCUGCAUAAGAUUAGAGUGUAUAAUUAUGUUUAUUGAUUUGAGGGUACAUCCUUUGCUCAUUAUCACCAAAAGUUCAUUUUCAUCAAACUUGUAGGAUCAACCAAUCACGGCUUUUGAAAUGAUGACUCAUACCUAGCAACGGGGUCAACCACACCUCCUCACUAAGAUAGGAUUUUUCAUCCAUUCCUGGCUCAGAGUUCACUGAAAAUGUUCUGGAAUCACUUCUAAGCUAAAACUCCUGGCAAGGAAUUUUUAGGUUAAGUUAGGAGCUCUCUGAGAGGAUUCUCAGAAUCUUUAAGGAUACGGGCCCUGGACUUCAUCUACUGGACAGGUGUGAUUAUUGCAAUGACAAUACCUGGCUAUGGAGUAAUGUUUAGAUUAGGGGAAAUGGUGAUAGUGCACUUCCUCCCUCAUCUAAAAGCCAAGUCGUCCCAUACAUGUAUAUUUCCCAUACAACUACGUCGUGAUUUCCAUAAGGAUAUGCAGAAUGGCAUGACAUUGUAGCCUAUUCCCAAGCGCACUUCUCCAAAACGACUUUUACCACACAGGACCUCCGCUAACACCAGAGUCCUUCCUAGCUCCUUGAGUGAAGAUGGCGCAGGCACUAUCAGAGGAGGAGUUCCAUCGGAUGCAGGCUCAGCUUUUAGAGCUGAGGACACAGAACUACCAACUUUCUGAUGACCUGCGGAAGAACACAGCUGAGCUGAAUGCUGUUCGUCAGAAGACUGUGACCUUGGAGAAGGAUUACAUCAAAGCACAGAAGGCUCUGAAUAAAAGCAAGAAAGCUCAGGAGGUGGAUGCCUUACUCAGCGAGAAUGAGAUGCUGCAAGGCAAGCUGCACAGCCAAGAGGACGACUUCAGACUGCAGAACAGCACCCUGGUGCAGGAGCUGUCCAAGUUAUGCACUCAGAUAGAGGAGCUAGAACAUGCAAACAAAGAGCUAAAGGAUGACAAGGGGCUGCAGGCUGAAUCCUCCAGUCCCACCUCCAUCUCUGUGGAUGGAGAGCUACUGCGCCUCCAGGCAGAGAAUGCUGCCCUUCAGAAAAAGAUGACGGCCCUUCAGGAGCGUUAUGAGAGUGAGAUAAAGAGCCCAAGGGGAGCGGAGGUCAGUGAAACCAAAGCCUCAGAGACAGACGUCAGUGAGAGCAGGGAGGACGCUGCAGCCAGAACCAAUGACAGACUGGAACAGGCAGAGGCAAAGUGUGCCAAACUGGAACUGCGAGUGAAUGAGCUAAGUGGACCUGCAGUGAGGACCACCGGGCAAGUUAUGAAACAGGAUUCUCUUAGGUGGGCAGCACUGUGUCCAAAUCCAUUAACGCAAUGCUUUGGGCCAGAGGUGGAACUGCAGCUGCACACUGAGGUGGAGGAGAAGCGCCUACUGAAGGAGCAGCUCCAAGCACUAGAGUCAUCCAAACAGGCAGACAUCACUCAACUUCAAGAAGAAAUAUCGAAGCUCUCUGAAAAAUUUAAGAAAAAGCAAGACAGCUUUCUGCAUUUGCAAGGCGAAAAAGAAGCCCUUUACAAUGACAGCAGGACCAAAAUCGAUGAGAUUCAACAGAGGAAGGAGGAGGAGUUGAAGUCAAUGAACGUCCGCAUCCAGAAGUUACAGGGAGAUCUGCUGUCAGCCAACCAGAGAGAUGGAGAGAUGAAGGAGCAGCUACAGAGCCGGCAGAAGGAGCAUGAGUUAGUUCUACACACACUCAGAGAUCAGAUUCAGACAGUGAAGACACAGGAGAUGAACCUUUUGCGUGACCAAAACACGGCUCUGAACGUGGAGCUGCAGCAGAGACGGACAGAGCAGGAGAGCUUCCUGGCACAGAGAGAUGACCUUAACUCUCAGCUACAGGAGGUGAACCGUGCCAACAGCAGACUGUUGGAACAGCUGACUGAAAUGGACCAAUGGAAAGACAGACUACAGCAAGAGCUGGAGGAGGCUAAAAAGACAGCUGACAAGCGGAAGGCCAUGCUGGAUGAACUGGCCAUCCAGAUAAUCAAAGAGAAGUCCCGGCAUAAGGAGGAGCUGAGCGACUUGCGUCUGCAGCAUGAGAAGGAGGUGCUGGGGGUGCGGGCGCGCUAUGAGAAGGAGCUGAGGAGUCUCCACGAGGACAAGAACCGCACAGAGGAGGAUAUCCGCUCACAGCUCCGAGACGAGAAGGCUCGCAAUAAGGAGCUGGAGGGUCUGCAGCAGAGUGUGGAAGAGCUGCAGGCCCAGGUCCAGUCCAUGGAGAACACUAAGGGCUGGUUCGAACGCAGACUCAAAGAGGCUGAGGAGAGCACAGAGAGGAGCAGUCUGGAGCACCAGGAGCGCAUGGAGAAGCUGCAGAAAGAACAUACUCUCCAACUGGAGGGAAAGGCAUGUGAUCUAGAUGGUGUGAAGCUGCAGUUGACGGAGCUAGAGAAGGAGAGGGAUGUGCAAAAUGAAACCAUUGGAAAACUGAAGCAGGAGAUUAAAGACACGGUGGAUGGCCAGAGGAUCCUGGAGAAGAAAGGUAGUUCAGCACUGAAAGACUUGAAGAGGCAGCUACAGCUGGAGAGGAGGAGAGCAGAUAAACUACAGGAGCGGCUACAGGAGAUCCUCACCAAGACCAGGACAGGCCUGGAGGGGCUAGUGUUGUCAGAGAUCAGCUCUCCUAGUCCUAAGCAGCAGAGGGGAGAUAGCAGCAGUAUCUCGUCCUUCAGCUACGGGGAGAUCAUGAAGGAGGGAGUCACAUCACAGAACACAAACAAGUCCGCCAGCAGCAGCCCCCAGUCCCAGCGGCCUGCUGACCUGUCUGAUGAUGAGGUUGGGGAGCUGUUCCAGAGGCUGGCUGAGGUGCAGCAGGAGAAGUGGAUGUUGGAGGAGAAGGUGAAACACCUUGAGGUCAGCUGCUCCUCCAUGGCUGAUGACAUCUGUAAGAAGAGUGCUAUCAUCGAGACCUAUGUCAAGGACAGCCGGAUAGCACGUGGUGCACAUGGUGCGGCGGCAGUGGCCCAUCACGUGGGCCAGGUGGGGGGACAUGGACAUGGCUUGGGCUCUGUGCUCAGGGACCUGGUGAAGCCUGGGGACGACAACCUGCGGGAGAUGAACAAGAAGCUGCAGAACAUGUUGGAGGAACAGCUAACCAAGAACAUGCAUCUACAGAAGGACCUUGAAGUUCUGUCUCAGGAGAUUGUCUGUUUAAGUAACGAUCCAAGUCCUGGAGCUGGCUCAGCUGCGCGCUAAAAGACUGGAGCAAGUCCCUCCUAUCUGCACUCUCCCUUCACUCUCUCAUCACCUGUUUCUGUGGCCAACAAGAGGACGCUACCUAUCCAUCCUAAGUAACUGACAGACUGAACCUCUGGCUGGGAACACAGAUGAAAGGAGAGGGAUAGAGGGGGUAGGAAGGGGUUAGUUCUUUUGCAACUGCUUUACUACUGAAUGUACUUACUGUAACAUGUCUUGGUUCUUUCUGUGGUAUUGUGGCCUGACUUCUGUCUGCUCUAUCUGCAUCCCCACUCUGAAGAAUGGCAGGAAGCAACAAUGGCAGGAUGCCAGGACACAGUGCUUUACUGGUUCAGGUCUUCAAGAGAUUGUUUAAUGUUGCGAAUAACAAGAGACAUUCUGCUUACUCAUACUGAGGGUUAAGCUUUUGUGUUUUGCCGGUAUUCGUAUUAAUUUCGCUCGUAUACUUUCAACUCAAUAACUCUUGUUUUUGUUUGUUUGUAUGAAUCCUGUAUAUAUGAAUAUGAAAAAUCAACUGUAGUAAUUUAACGGUUCUCAGAGUAAUAAGUAUUUUAUAUGAGGCAAAAUUAUUGUAAAACAUUUACGUCCGUCAUACAUUCUAGAUGCUGAAAUGUCCAGUUUGAGUUUGUCUGGGGAAAGUGAGUAUCCUAAAGCCAGUAAUACAGUAAAAAGACAGAAACCUCAAUAACAUGCAUAGCCUAUCAUCUUAGACUAGUGUUGGGGACUGGACCAAACCACCCCUGUUUCUUGGGGAAUGGACCAAACCACCCCUGUUUCUUGGGGACUGGACCAAACCACCCCUGUUUCUUGGGGAAUGGACCAAACCACCCCCGUUUCUUGGGGAUUGGACCAAACCACCCCUGUGUCCACUGACUGGGUUAGAUCUCUGUGCUCUUUUCCUUUUAGUCUGCACCAGAGACACGGAGGAGGCCUUGGCAGCUCAGCAUCUGGUGUCAACUUGAAUAAUAUGUCCAACUCCAGAGACUGGCUGGAUGCCUGCUUUGUGGUCCGCUUUCAAAUGACACUUUGGCUGCUUUCUCUAUCCCCAAUUAAAGACUCCAUGUGUGGUUAGAUUUGCAGAUUUAAUUCCGGCUUAACUCCACUUUGAUAUUUUCUUAAGAUAUUAGAUUCCAAAUAAAUGAGGAAACAGAGGAUUCUCUGUGAUGAGCAGAUUAAUGUAUUUAAUAACUCCUCUCCCCCUGGCUGAGGUCUAACAACAGUGUCAGUUGUCUAAGUGAAACUCUUCCUUUACUCUGGCCAACCUCAUCAGUAUGCUCUCUCAGUUCUACGUGGACAGGAAACUCAUCACCAAUAUUUAUUUUCUGGCCAUUACUGUGUGUCAGAAGAACUGGCCCCAUGCCCUGGAGGGAUGGACAGGGUGAGGGGAACGUGGAUCAUGUGAAAGUUGGGCCCCUAUUUCACCUGUCUUAGACUCACUUAGCAAAUGUGUUAUUUUAAAUGACUUCUCAACAUGACUGAACACCAGUAGCUGGACAGAUCAGAUGGUAUGCGUUAUCGUUUUUAAGUGGACUGAACGUGCGUACCUACCUGUGUUAGCCUUUUUAUACUUUGAGACAUGUUAUCUGAGAAUGUAUGCACUUCAGGCCUCCGUGAACACUUGUUUAGGAACAAACCGAUUAGUCAUUUGGAAGCCCCCCCCCCAAGACUGUCUUAUGUACAAGUAAGGCAGGGCGAUAUCGAAUUAAUUUGAUAUAUUCAAAUGCCUGUAUCGCAAGAAUCUAGGUUUUUAUUUUAUGUUCAUUUUGAUGAGCGUUUUAUGUCUUUUUGGUCUCAUCUCCUUCGCUCCUGUGCUGUGUGCACCAAGCCCCUCCCCCUGCCACUCACAACAAAGACAAAAUAUAACUUCUUCCUCUCUUAACCUUUACAGAAAGACUUUACGGUAUGUUGCUUGUAAAUAAAUAACGUUUUUUUUAGUGCCCAAUUCAUACAGUCCAAUUUUUUGCCACAUUGGGCCGGGAUAAGUCUUUUAUAUCUCCCGUACACAUGCCGGUAAAUUUAGGAGGGGGAUUAGACAUGGGCUGAUGUGGGUGGACGUCUAUUUUAAUAAAUCUAUUGAAUAUA